AAGACAGCCGGAUGAGUGAAUCGAAUGUGAGACAAAGAGGAACUUCUGUGAUGUUACUGUUAAAUAUCGAAUAAUGUAAAUUCGAUAUAAACCGGUUUAUUCUAUUUGAUUUUUAUUGAACGGUAUUAUGGGAAUCAGAUCGAGCCGAUUACAGGAGGACUCGGUGUCCGGAGCGGUGCAGAAGGAUGGCGGUGUGAAGCGAGAGUCUUUUCGCCGGAUCCGGAGCUCCAGGCCCGUCAGCCUCGCCCUCGAUUUCUCCUCCAGCCGGAGCCGCUCUGAGGAGGGCAGCGAUUCAGAUACCGGACACUGCGCUUCCCCUUCUGUUGAUCCCGGUACCGGCGUGACUGAGGACCGGGACGAUGAGCUCGACGACGGGGAGGAGAGUCCCGGAAGCCCCAACAGCAGUGACCGCUUCUCCCCGGAUGAACCGGUAGGCGGCGUCCCACAGCGGUCCUCGUCUGAGCGUCUAGCCGGGGCGAGGAGGCUCUCCUCCGGCAGAAGCGGCUCAGCCAGAUCGGUGCGUGUUCGCAGUGCGAGGCCGGUAUCAGAGAGCUGGAUCGGGCUGUACCGAGUCCGACACACCACAGUGCGCUGCCCGUUCUGCAACAAGACGUUUCCUGGAGGUGGCCGUAUCGAGGAGCAUCUCCUCACCUGUCUCACCUCUCCACCGCUGCCUUAUAACGCCGACGUUCUGAGCAAGGACAGCGGCGAGUGUUCCAUCUGCCUGGAGGAUCUGCUGCAGGGAGAGACCAUCGCUCGCCUCGCCUGCCUCUGCGUCUAUCACAAAACGUGUAUCGACUCGUGGAGCUCGGUGAAGGCCUGCUGUCCUGAACAUCCCUUCGACUGAGCGGGUUCCUCCCUCACUGCUCGACUCGGGACGCCUGCACCGUCGCUCCCGGAUCAGCAGAGGAAACUGGUCCUGAUUUGACUUUUCGGUGCUGUGAAGUGCCACGCCCGCUCUUUCUUCUCUCUGCUCUGAACGAACGCUGAAUUAAAGACUAAAGGAGGUGAAACGGGAGCCGCCGGACGCUGGGACUGAGGGAGCGCCGGGGGUUUGUGUGUGUUGGUUCCGCCGGAAAUCUUACCAAGCUUCACGUUUUAGUUUUGAACGAGCCGAGAGGAACGUAAACGCGUCCGUGCUGCAGCGAGAAGAGAAAAACGUUUCCGAUCCUCCACGACCCCGAGUGUGUUUAGUAACGAGGUGGAUAAAAACAGCCAGGAAUGAUGAAUACAAACACUUCGGCCCUGUCUCAUUACACAGUUUUAAUUCCUCGUCUCAUUACACAACACCUCAGACCCUUCGGCUCUGUCUCAUUACAUAAUUUGGAUCCUUCGGUUACAUUUCAUUGCAUAGCACCUUGGAAAAUUCGGCUUUGUCUCAUUACAUGGAACCUUGGACCCUUCAGUCCUGUCUCAUUACACAACACCUCCGACCCUUCGGCCCUGUCUCAUUACACAACACCUCUGACCCUUCGGCUCUGUCUCAUUACACAGCACCUCUGACCCUUCGGCUCUGUCUCAUUACACGACACCUCUGACCCUUCAGUCCUGUCUCAUUACACAACACCUUCGGCCCUGUCUCAUUACACAACACCUCUGACCCUUCGGCCCUUUCUCAUUACACAACACCUCUGACCCUUCGGCUCUGUCUCAUUACACAGUUUGGAUUCUUCAGCCCUGUCUCAUUACACAACACCUCUGACCCUUCGGCUCUGUCUCAUUACACAGUUUGGAUUCUUCAGCCCUGUCUCAUUACACAACACCUCUGACCCUUCGGCUCUGUCUCAUUACACAGUUUAGACCCUUCGGCCCUGUCUCAAUACACAGCACCUUGGACACUUUGGCUCUGUCUCAUUACAGUUUGGACACCUAGGCACUGUCUCGUUACACAGUUUGGAUUCUUCGGCCCUGUCUCAUUACACAACACCUCUGACCCCUCGCUUCUAUCUCAUUACACAGUUUGGAUUCUUCGGCCCUCUCUCAUUACACAACACCUCUGACCCCUCGCUUCUAUCUCAUUACACAGUUUGGAUUCUUCGGCCCUCUCUCAUUACACAACACCUCUGACCCCUCGCUUCUAUCUCAUUACACAGUUUGGACCCUCGGACCUGUCUCAUUGCAAAGCACCUUAUAAACUUUGGCUCUGUCUCAUUACACAGUUUGGAAACCUCGGCUCUGUCUCAUUACAGCAUGUUGGACAUUUCGGCUCUGUCUCAUUGCACAGUUUGGACACUUCGGCUCGGUCUCAUUACACAGCACCUUGGUUACCACGGCUCUGUUUCAUUACAGCAAGUUGGACACUUCGGCUCUGUCUCAUUGCACAGCAGCUCGGACCGUCUGGCCGUGUCUCAGACUUUUCUAAUGAUGCUCGAUUUUUGGGAGUUGUUUCUUCUGCUUGAGAUUAUUGCUGUCGUGUGUGUGUGUGUGUGUGUGUGUGUGUGUGUGUGUGUGUGUGUGUGUGUGGACGACUGGGACCUGGACGUCCCGAUGACUCCACUCGGUUGCACUCGGUGCUGUUCACAUUUUGUCUGACAGGAAGUGAAAUGCUGGACUUCCUCUUACACGCAGCACCUGGAUUCAGAUCAGUUUUAGUUUCCUCGUGUUCUCGUUUACACAAACGUUUAUAGAUCAGCGAUAAAGUAAUAAAAGCGCCUAAAAUACGCUCCUCAAAUCUCCCGGUGCUUUAGAGAAAAUAGUAACCAUGACGACGGUGAUGAUGGGGGUGAUGGUGGGAGGACCGGUGGCUCUGGGUUGGGACGCUGAGAUGAACAUAAACAAACACGCUGUAGGUUUUGCUUUUGUCCCGAGUGUGUGUUCAUGUAUUAAGCCCAGUGAUUCUGGGGGAACUGGACACACCGCAACCCUGACCGGUGUAAAUCCGUAGUAAAACCAUGAAAAUGAAAUAAAAUGGUUUAAAAAGUCCAAUAAACUAAAAUCUUUCGCACUACACAGCAGGCAAAAGUAUUCGGACGCCCCGUUCUGAAAACAAACCGUAUUAAAAUAGAGUGACCUCUGUGUGACCUUCUGAGAAGCUUCUCACAAGAGUGGAGUGUGUCUGUGGGGAUUUGUGCCCAGUCUGUCACAAAAAGAAAGCAUAUGUAUGUAUACAGCCGGGCACUGAUCGAUCAGUCGGUGUUCCGGUUCAUCCCAGAGCUGUUGAGUGGGGCUGAGUUUCUUUACUGGAGUUUGUAUGGUGUUUAAUUCUCUUCAUGUCUCAAGGGCGUGUCGUAUAUCGUAACCCCCCUCCCCCCCAAAGAGCCACCGUCCUCGUCCUCUUUUUAACUGACCAGCGUGACGUCGGAUGGAAUCUCGUGCCAAAAUGAAAUGAAAUUCUAAUAAAUUUUUUAAUUUUUGCAGCAUCGAUUCGGUGCCAAUAAUAAACUCAAUACGGCAAAUUAUUAUUAUUAAUAUUAGUAUUGUUAUUAUUAGUAUUAUUAUUAUUUAUAUUAAUAUUAGUAUCAUUAUUAAUAUUGCAUUAUUAUUAUUACAAUUAUUAUUAUUUAUAUUAUUAUUAUUCAAAAGCACCAUGAGCCGAAUAUGUUCUGCCGUGUGUGUGUGUGUGUGUGUUAGAUCUGAUGAUGUAAAUACAGUGUGUUGGUUGGGGGGGGGGUUUGUGGACAAUCUGAUCAGGCAUGUUUUUGUAUGAUUACUCGGGGGUGUUGGUGUGUGUCUGCACUCGGGGGGGGGUUUGAGGAUGAGUUUGGGUCAGUAUGAGGGCGUGGCUGUACUCACACACACAGUUUGCCUUCAGUAUUUAUUUAUUAGGUGUAAAUAUGACGGAGUCUCCGGCUCCUGCGCUCGGUUUGUACGUCUGAAGCUUUUGUAUGAGUUCUUUUUUACAAUAAAUCUGCUCGUGUGUGGACCAGA